AGUGAGAAAAUUCAGCUGAAGAAGACAAGUACAGAACGCAUCUCCUAUUUAUUGAACCAUCGAGCUCGUUGAGUAACAACCAAUCCAUUCCAUUGCACAUUUGCGAAGCAGAUUUGUAUCAAAUUCAUUACGAGUUACAAAAUCUUUCAAUCAAGAGAGGGUUGUUGUUAUGGUUAACGAAAGGAGAUCAGAUUGAGAUGCAGAGAGCCACAUCAUCGUUGAUUUGAUAAAGUGACGAUCAGACUCGUACCAUAGACUGCCAAAACUUCCAUUUCUCUCUGGAUUUAACUUCUUGCAGAGAUGGGAUUGGCCAAGGAGUAUGAGUUUUUUAGUGAGAUCGGUCUUGGUCCUCGCAAUUUGGGGUGUUACGUCAAUGGCGCCUGGAAGGGAAAUGGCCCUGUAGUUUCCUCUUCGAACCCUGCAAAUAAUCAGAUAAUUGCUGAAGUAGUGGAGGCUUCCACUCAAGAUUAUGAGGAGGGCUUGCAGGCAUGCAAUGAAGCUGCAAAAAUAUGGAUGCAGGUUCCUGCACCCAAAAGAGGAGAUAUUGUUAGACAGAUAGGGGAUGCACUAAGAGCCAAACUCCAUCAGCUUGGUCGCCUUGUGUCUCUUGAGAUGGGAAAGAUACUCCCCGAAGGGAUCGGAGAAGUUCAGGAAAUUAUUGACAUGUGUGACUUUUCUGUGGGUCUAAGUCGUCAACUGAACGGAUCAGUAAUACCAUCCGAGCGUCCAAAUCAUGUAAUGAUGGAGAUGUGGAACCCGCUUGGAAUAGUUGGUGUUAUUACAGCUUUCAACUUUCCUUGUGCUGUUCUUGGUUGGAAUGCUUGCAUUGCACUAGUUUGUGGAAACUGUGUAGUUUGGAAAGGCGCUCCGACAACGCCCUUAAUCACCAUUGCCAUGACGAAGUUGAUAGCUGGGGUUCUAGAGAAGAAUAAUUUACCUGGUGCAAUUUUCACAUCCUUUUGCGGUGGUGCUGAAAUUGGUCAAGCAAUAUCAAAAGAUAGGCGUAUUCCUUUGGUUUCAUUUACUGGAAGUUCCAAGGUCGGUCUAAUGGUUCAGCAAACUGUAAAUGAGAGAUAUGGAAAAUGCUUGCUUGAAUUAAGUGGAAAUAAUGCAAUUGUUGUCAUGGAUGAUGCUGAUAUCCAACUUGCUGUUCGGUCUGUUCUGUUCGCCGCUGUUGGCACUGCAGGACAACGAUGCACUACAUGUCGUAGGCUGCUGCUCCAUGAAAGCAUAUAUCAGAAAGUACUUGAACAAUUAGUUGAUGUAUACAAACAAGUAAAAAUUGGAAAUCCUCUUGAGAAGGGUAUCUUGCUGGGUCCAUUGCACACGUCAGAGUCGAGGAAGAAUUUUGAGAAGGGAAUUGAGAACAUCAAGUCUCAGGGAGGAAAGAUUCUGAUUGGAGGUUCGGUUAUCGAAUCAGAGGGCAACUUUGUGCAGCCCACGAUCGUCGAAAUUUCUUCGAGUGCAGAUGUUGUAAAGGAAGAAUUAUUUGCACCAGUUCUUUAUGUCAUGAAAUUUAAGACUUUGAAAGAGGCAAUUGAAAUUAACAACUCCGUGCCGCAAGGGUUAAGCAGUUCUAUCUUCACACGUCGACCCGAGAUCAUCUUCAAAUGGACUGGGCCACAUGGGAGUGACUGUGGUAUUGUAAACGUAAACAUACCAACGAAUGGAGCCGAAAUUGGCGGUGCCUUUGGAGGAGAGAAGGCCACCGGGGGUGGUCGUGAAGCAGGAAGUGACUCGUGGAAGCAGUACAUGCGACGCUCGACUUGCACCAUCAACUAUGGGAACGAGUUACCACUAGCACAAGGAAUCAAUUUUGGAUAGGCCUCUGAUGUGAUCAGCCCCCCUUGUUCAGUUUGGUGCUUUUUAGAAGGAAGGGAAUUUCUGGCAACUGAGAGAGGAGGGAGGAGGGAAGUUUGAGUUCCUCCAUCAUCUGCCUCUCUGCAUCUAAUAAAAUAAAGUAAUAUUCCAGUGGCUGCUCUGCCUUCUUCUUCAUCAACUAUAUAUUAUAUGUAUAGUCAAAAUACUUGAAGUUGAUAAGUAAUGCCUCCUCCAAUCAUAUGACAUUUUCUUCCACAAUAUGAAUAUAAUGCUUUUGGUAUCUAAUUCCC